AUGGUGUAGGUCUUUAUAUUAUUGAUUCAUAAAAAUUUAGCCUAAGCCCAUACAAAAGGUCCUCCAAAUUCUUUAUAUCCAAUAAUAUAAAAAUACUUUAUUAGAAAAAUAUAUAUUAAUUUGAGACUUCCCUCGAAUCUGAUCUUUCUAUCUAUUGUUGUCCUUAUAGUAGCUUUGACUAGAUUGUCCUCAAAUACAGGUGAUAAUAAGGACAGAUCGGAAAAAGAGCCAAGAAUAGGAAGAAAUCAAAUUCCAUCCAGCCUGGUUAAUAAACCGUGGCAACUGUUUGAGAAAGAUGAGUUCUAAGUAUUUAUAUAUUUAAUUAGAUUAUCUAUUUGAAAGAUGUAUAAUGUGAAUGGAAAAAUUCAAAGCUUUUCGUUUGCUCCUUCACUAUUUUAUCCACUUUACAUAUCAAUGAUUGAUAAUAAAAUUUAAACAAUUUCUUUCACAAGAAGUAAUUUGUUUUACCUUUCAUUAAUUAAUACAUUAAGAACUGCUGAAGGGUGUAGAUAAUUUUCUAGAUGGAUUUUAUUGAAAAUCAAGAAAAGAUUGAUUAUGAAUGAAAAUUGAUUGCAUUAACGUAGUUAUUUGAGUCAUUUAAAGUUAAUUUAUCUGCUAUUGACGAUUUUAUUAAUAAUUAAAAAUUAUAAGAG